CAUUGCCCUCGUCAUUCUCAAAACAUUUCCUCUCCACCGAUGGGAACUUUAUUUUUUAUAGUAUUUGUAUUAGGGUGCUUUCCAUCCUUAUCAUUAAGGCACAUAGAGACCUGUAGGUGGUUCUCUCCUGGAGCUUGAGCGGUUUCUCCUCCUUUAUUUAUCACUGGUGAACACCUGAUUCUGGCAAGACACUGUGCAGUUGGAGGUUGUUCAGGGUUUUUGGUGUAAUGGUCACUAUUGUUUCGUGCCCCCUGGGUCCACAGCUGGCUUAUUUCUGAGUUUGAAGAAAAUGAAGAUUCAUGACAGCUUUACCCAUUAUUUACUGUGGAUAGGGGAUGCUGGAAGGGGAUGGUCCUGAAAUGUCUCAUAACCACCCACCUCCCCUGUCCAGGUGUAAAAUUGAUGGCAAGAUAGUCUGAAAUCUGUUCCCAGACUAAUAUCCACAGGGGUGGUUAUUAGGUCUAGCCAUCCCCCAUGGGUUGUCCUAAAACCUGUGAAAGCCGCAAUGUGUGUAAGGUGGCAACUGUAAGGUCAGAGAAGGAAAACUCUAGGAUUUACACCCAAACAAGCACUAGAAAACUAUGUCAGAGGUGGCAAGCUCUUGAGACUCAGUGAAGCAGGGUGGUCCCAGAGUCUGGUUCUCACGGAUGGCACUGUAUGAUCUUGCAAAUACUCCUUGUCAUCUGUGUUACAAAGUGGUAGCCCUCCCCUAGGUUCAGAAUAGGCUUUUCUUAUUUGCAUUUUGUGGGUGAGUGGAUAUGGGGCAGUUUGGUUCAUUUCACUAGGUUUGGAGUGGGGACAGAGUUGAAUAAUGUGUGUGUAUUGUAAUCUUUUUUCCAAGAAGCUCUGUAACCUUGAAAUUAAAUAACAAAUUAGGCACUUAUUAGCAUAGUGCUUGGCUAUAGCGAAUGGUAGGUUGCUUUCAUUCCUAAUUGUUUAUAAGAAUGUAAGUUGCAUGAGUAUAAGUUGCAUGCGGGCAGGAACCCUGUCUCCCUUUUUAAUUGCCAUAGAAGCAGUGCCUUGGGCAGAGCCUGACCUAGAGAACAUGCUCUGUCAGUGGCUGGCUGGGUGAAAAGGUGACCGGGGAGCUUGGGUGUCUGGGUAUGAGGUGUGGGGAGGGAGAACAAAAGCAGACGAAGCUGAGCUUGGCAUGCAUGUAAGCAAGGUCAUUUGCUUCUGCCCUCUACUUAUUUGUCUGUCUCUGUGUGCAGGGGCAGCCAUUGUGGGGGGUGCUGAUGGAUACCUGCGGGGUCGGCUGUGUUGCCCUGGGGGAGGCCGGCCCCGUGGGGAGCAUGACUGUGGUAGACUCUCCCGGGCAAGAAGUGCUAAACCAGCUUGACGCCAAGGCCUCUUCAGAAAUGACCAGUGCCACCGAAGCUUCCAUAGAGAUGUCUUUACCUAGCCCUUUGCCUGGAUUUGAGGAUUCUCCUGAAAAGAGGAGGCUCCCUCUAGAGCAGGAAGGCAUCUCCCGACUGGAACAGCAAGAUCUUUCUUCAGAGAUGGCAAAAGUCUCAAAGCCUAGGGCCUCAAAGCCUGGCCGGAAGAGAGGUGGUAGGACACGAAAAGGCCCCAAAAGGCCCCAACAGCCUAAUCCUCCAUCAGCCCCUCUGGUUCCUGGCCUCUUAGAUCAAUCCAACCCUCUUCCCACCCCCAUGCCUAAGAAACGAGGUCGAAAGUCCAAGGCAGAGCUGCUACUGCUGAAGUUGUCCAAAGGCCUAGAUCAGCCAGAGUCUCCACCUCCAAAGAGGCCCCCUGAGGACUUUGAGACCCCUCCUGGGGAACGACCCCGCCGAAGGGCUGCCCAAGUGGCACUUCUGUAUCUUCAUGAACUGGCUGAGGAGUUCUCCACAACACUGCCUGCUCCAGUGGCCUGUCCUGAGGGCGCCAGGUUGAGCAGCCCCACCACGCUGAAGCAGAGCCAGCUGGAGGGAGACCCUCACGGUGUGGUGGGAGGAGAGGAUGAUACCGCGGGAGACGAAGACUUUGUUCUCCGGGUUAAGACAGAAGAGGAAGAAGAGAGUGAGAUCCCGAGUGAAAGCUCCUCCGACCCUGAGCCCGCAGUGCCCGCCACGCCCGCAGUGCCCGCCACGCCCACAGUGCCCACUGCACCCACAGUGCCCACUGCGCCUACCGUGCCCACCGCACCCACUGUGCCCACCGCAUCCACUGUGCCUGCGGUGCCCCGAAGUGCUCCGCGAGGAUCCACUUCCGGGAAGCAGAAGCCUCACUGCCGAGGAAUGGCUCCCAAUGGCUUACCCAAUCACAUCAUGGCUCCUGUGUGGAAGUGCUUCCACCUCACCAAGGACCUCCGAGAACAGAAGCAUUCAUACUGGGAGUUUGCAGACUGGAUUCCUUUGGCCUGGAAGUGGCACUUGUUAUCUGACAUUGAGGCUGCUCCCUACCUGCCCCAAGAGGAGAAGUCUCCACUGUUUUCUGUACAGCGUGAAGGACUUCCUGAGGACGGCACACUCUACCGCAUCAAUAGAUUCAGCUCCAUCAGAGCGCACCCUGAGCGCUGGGACAUGUCCUUCUUCACGGGGGGACCGCUCUGGGCUCUGGAGUGGUGCCCAGUGCCAGAGGGGGCAACAACCUCGCAGUAUGUGGCCCUGUUCUCCAGCCCUGACAUGAAUGAGACGCACUCACUGAGCCAGCUGUAUUCAGGCCCGGGGCUGCUCCAGCUCUGGGGCCUUGGGACUUUGCAGCAAGAAAGCUGUUCUGACAACAGGGCCCACUUUGUCUAUGGGAUUGCUUGUGAUAAUGGUUGCAUCUGGGACCUCAAGUUCUGCCCCAGUGGAGCAUGGGAGCUUCCAAGCACCCCUCGGAAGGCUCCUCUCCUGCCCCGGUUGGGUCUUUUGGCGCUUGCCUGCUCAGACGGGAAGGUGCUGCUGUUCAGCCUGCCCCAUCCCGAGGCCCUGUUGGCCCAGCAGCCGCCAGAUGUGAAGAAGUCAGCCAUUUAUAAGGUAGAGUGUGUGGCAACGCUUCAGGUGGGGUCGAUGCAAGCCUCAGACCCCUCGGAGUGUGGUCAGUGCCUUAGCCUGGCCUGGAUGCCCACCCGACCCCACCACCACCUGGCUGCUGGAUACUAUAAUGGCAUGGUGGUUUUCUGGAACCUUCCCACUAACUCACCCCUGCAGCAGAUACGACUCUCUGAUGGCUCCCUGAAGCUCUACCCCUUCCAGUGUUUUCCGGCCCAUGACCAGGCUGUGCGUAACCUUCAGUGGUGUAAAGCCAACAGUCAUUUUCUAGUCUCUGCUGGAAGUGACCGAAAAAUCAAAUUCUGGGACCUUCGACGACCUUAUGAACCAAUAAACUGUAUCAAGCGCUUCCUGAGUACAGAGCUGGCCUGGCUGCUCCCCUACAAUGGUGUCACUGUGGCUCAGGACAACUGCUAUGCCUCUUAUGGCCUCUGUGGAAUUCAUUAUAUCGAUGCUGGUUACCUUGGUUUCAAAGCCUACUUCACUGCCCCUCGAAAAGGCACUGUCUGGAGUCUUUCAGGAUCAGACUGGCUUGGGACAAUAGCCGCAGGAGAUAUAUCCGGGGAGCUCAUUGCAGCUGUAAUGCCUGAUUUAGCACUGAACCCAAUCAAUGUCAAGCGACCUGUGGAGCGAAGAUUCCCUAUCUAUAAAGCAGACCUGAUUGCGUAUCAGGAUAACACUGAAGAACAAGCCCAGUAUUCAUCUGGGGCUGCAUCCGGGGCUCCCAACCCUCCCAAGGCGCGAACUUACGCUGAAACCGUCAGCCAUCACUAUUUGCUCUUUCAGGACACAGAUUUGAGUUCCUUCCACAAUCUGCUCCGUAGAGAACCAAUGCUUCGCAUGCAGGAGAGAGAGGGGCUCACACAGCUCUGCCUGGACAGGCUGCAGCUGGAAGCUAUUCAUAAGGUACGUUUCAGCCCAAACCUGGACUCCUACGGAUGGCUGGUAUCUGGGGGGCAGUCAGGGCUGGUUCGGAUCCAUUUUAUCCGUGGACUCACCUCCCCACUGGGCCACCGUAUGCAGCUUGAAAGCCAAGCCCAAUUCAAUGCUAUGUUCUAAGCAUCCUAUCCUACUGAAGGGCUCGGCUUCCAUUCCAGCCAGCCAUUGCCUUCUGCCCAGUCCCUAGUCUUAAUCCACACGGACCCUUGGAAUGAAGUCUGCCGAGAACAAAUGGCCUCCAAGCCAGAGGGCUGGGGCUUUCCUGGACAGUUCCGCUGCCCAGGCCGGAACCUUGGGGCCUGCUUCAUCAGGCCUCUCUAGAUCCCUCUCCUUCCACAGACUUUCUCCUCUGAUCACAGCCUCCUGUGGGCACGGGGGCGCUCCCUCCAUGAACUCUCAAGGCUCCGCAGCCUAACACUUUGGUUCACAAGAAGCACUCAGGCCUGACCUAGGCUGGGGAGUCAAAUUGCUCAUAUUGAGCUUAUUGUGAAGUAGGUACAGCCAAGUAAAGGUACUGGGUGUUUUGAGAUCACAUGUGAGUGGGUGUUUGGAGAGUUGGAAAGGGUAUUUGCAUGAAGGCACCCGUCUGACUAUUCCAGAAUCCAGUGUUACUGCCUUCCCAAACGUCCUCUUUCCAGUAACCAACAUGUAGGCCUAUGAGGGGUGAUAGUAAUUUAUUGGACAGAAGCUGCUUAUAGUAUUUCUUCAACUGAGGAACACCGCAGACACCCUACCAAUAGAACAGCGACUCAGAUCUUACUUGCUCCUGCUUUUGAAAUAUUCCUGGCCACUGGUCAUCUGACCCUACUUGAACACUCCUAGACAGUCAUGUUUCAGAGAUCUUCCUUUAUAUCGUCCAAGAAUAUACCUCUACAUUUACCCAUUGGUGUUAGGAAAUCUAGUCAUUCUUCCCUGUGAUUGCCUUUUAAGUAUUUAACAAUAGCUAUCAUGUGUUCCCCGAGUAUUUUCUUCUCUAGAUUAAAUUUCUUCAGUUUAUUCAACCAUUCUUUUACAAGUCAUGGUUUUUGAUCCUUCAUGGUAACUGUCACAUUGCUGACUUAUUAAAUACGUUUAGCUA